GAAUGCAAGCAAACAGCAGCAGCUGGUCUGUAUUUUUUUAAAUGGCAAAGUCACAAACAAUAGCAACUGCUUUUAGAGUGAGCAGAUAGUUUGCUUUCUUUUUUUUCAAAUGGAACUCACUUUUUAAGUGAUGACAUGCACUUGGGGGUAGGUAGGUGUGAGUCCAUUUGUGUUUUGAAAUCCCAAAUUAAUGAGCAUGAUAAACUGCUAUUGCUGGCCCUGUCUGACUCUCUACUCUGAGUAAUUGGUGGGUUCCCCCCAACCUUCUCCUAACCCCCACCCUUUCCCUUUCCAUUGACUUGGGACAGUCCUUGUCAAAGUGCCAAUCACAGUGGGGAGGAGGAGAAGGGGGGAGGUCACAGUGCAUGGGGUUCAAGGUCACAGUGGGCGGAGCAACGGGGAUCACCAGGGAAGUAAGUCAGAUUCCCACUGCUCAAGUCCAGCUGUCUGCCACGGCAGCGCAACCCUUGGCGGACGACCCAGGACGCGCUGACGCGGCAGUCGCGCCAUCUCUUCUUGACUGCAUUUAUCUGAGCUGUUUGAAGCCGUGUGACACAUCAGGACCCAGAGGCUGUCUGAUCACAUUAUUGGGCUGCCUGCUGUCUUCGGGUUAGGAGAUCCUGGUUGGCCUGAAGGGAAGAAGAUCAGAGGAAGACCUAUCGAGGAUGGGUUUCUCCUGCUUCUCCUCGGGGCCGGUGCUGCCCAGGAUCCACUUCCUGGCCUCGGUGUACUCGGCCUCCCACUGUGCCAGGGACUUGACUGGAAGGGCGGGCCUGCUAGCGGACUUGGGGCUGCUGACCACACCGUUGCUGGUGGGCCUUUUGAGGAUGCCGACCUGUGGAGGGGCUCUUGGGGGAAAACUAUCGUCCUGAAUCACAAUGGGCACUUUGGGAGAUUUGGAUUUCCUGCUCUCUUUCUGUGUGAUCUUCAGUUUUUUUUCCAGACGUCUAUUUCCCCACUGUCUGCUGCCUCCACUCAGCUCUCAGCGACCUCCUCAUAUUCCAUCUUACUCGCCACUUUCCAGAUCGCUUGCUUUCUUAUUUCCACAUUUUCUCUGACUUUUGCAGUAUUCAAUAUUAUUACUUGAUUCUGAUUUUUCAGACAUCACUAUAUGGUCCUUGGCUUUUUGGUCGUUCCUCUCAUUCCUUUGCUGUUUCAAGCUCUGUUCCCAGCCUAAGCUUUUUACCACUGAAUUCUGUUCUGUGACACAUUACUUAAAACUAACCCAACUUUUCAUUCCCUCCAGACUUUUUUUGGUAAGCAGUAUCAUCAUGCUUUAGGUGGACACUGAGUCAUACUGCUGUGGUAGUGCUGGUACACGUAGUUUUGAAUACCAGGUUCUUGAGUGAAUCCUUUUUGCUUCUCUCUUUCUCUCCCCCACCCCUGCUUCUCCCUUCUGCCUUCAUUUCUGAUCCUUCUUUUCUGGUUCCAUUAGAAAAGGACUAAUCUUAUCAGUUCUGCCUUUUUUUCCUGCUCUAAUAAUUUUGUCAAGAGAAUUUUUUCAAAGCACAAGGCUAAUGAGAAGGCGGAAAGUCGGUCCAGAAGGCAGCUAGCCCGACUAUUCUGAGUCUGAAUCUACUCUUGGUGGUCCUGUUAAAAUACAGUUUGAAGCAAAUCACCUGUUUUUAUGCUCCUAAUGUCUACUCUGUCAAAAGCCCAAAUUUCCUUGCUUGGCAUUUAAGGAGACUCCAAGUUCUUAAAACUUCUUCUUGACUUUCAUGCAAGUCAAACAGAUUUAUUUAUUGUAUCUCAAACAGUCCUCUUAUAUUUUCCUUUCUGUAUUUUUUGAUAGUUUUCUUGUGCCUGGAAUAUUCUCUGCUUUUAUUUAAGUCUCACCAUCUUUCAAGACACAAAAUAUGUGUGAUCUCUGAGGCCUUUCUGAACUGCCCCUAGCAUUUACUAAGCAAUUAAUUCUGUCUCUGAACUUUUAUAGCACAAACCCAUUCGUUCACUUGAUAUUUAACAAAUAUCAACCUCUAUCACUUAUCUCUUUUUUUUUUUUUCUUCUGAGAUGGAGUCUUGCUCUGUCACCCAGGCUGGACUGCAGUGGCUCGAUCUCUGCUCACUGCAACCUCCGCCUCCCGGGAUCAAGCGAUUCUUCUGCCUCAGCCUCCCAAGUGGCUAGGAUUACAGGCGCCUGCCACGGCGCCCGGCUAAUUUUUGUAUUUUUAGUAGAGACAAGGGUUCACCAUCUUGGCCAGGCUGGUCUCGAACUCCUAACCUCGUGAUCCGCCCACCUCAGCCUCCCAAAGUGCUGGGAUUACAAGCGUGAGCCACCGUGCGCAGCCUAUCACUUAUCUUUUCAUGCUUACAUUUUCUCACUGCUUGAGAUUUUCUUUCAUCCAGGGUCAAGCACUGAGUCUAUUAGAAACCCCACUGUAUUUGAUCUGAUGAAGAUGAGAUAAUCUUUUUAAAAGCCACAUAUUAAAUCUCUUAAGUUAAUAAUAUUGGCGAUCAACUUAAAUCAACUGAGUGACCACUAUGUUUAAGGAAGUUUCCUUUCUGGUAGGCUGGGAAGCGGGAGAAGGGAAAGAUAUAACUUUAUUAAAAAAAAGCUGCAGAAGGGAAGGAUAUAACUUUAUUAAAAAAAGGUCCUUGUUCACAAGGAGCUAAUCACUUACUGGCCAGAGAAGAAAGGUGUUCCUUCUUUGCAAUGGCUGUGUUUUUGGGUUUAGCUAACUCAAUUCUUUAUGUCCUCAAUUUAUGAGACCGCAUCAAAAACGUUUUUGCCACAUCUCUGUGGGCAAGUAGGUGAGUCAGAAUGAGUGCAUAAUAUAUAAAUAUAUAUUUUAAUGAUAAUGAAUGUGUAGAUUAACAAACCCAAACUUUUUUUUUUUUUUUUGAGAGUCUUGCCCUGUCGCCCAGGCUGGAGUGCAGUGGCAUGAUCUCGGCUCACUGCAGCCUCCGCCUCCCGGGUUCACGGGAUUGUCCUGCCUCAGCCUCCGGAGUAGAGUAGCUGGGAUUACAGGUGACCGCCACCACGCCCGGCUAAUUUUUGUAGUUUUUAGUAGAGACGGCGUUUCCCAUGUUGGCCAGGUUGGUCUUGAACUCCUGACCUCAAGUGAUCCACCCGCCUCGGCCUACCCAAAGUGAUGGGAUUACAAGCGUGAGCCACCGCGCCCAGCCAAACCCAAACAUUCUUAAAAGCGCGGAGUAACCGCUCCCCUCCCCACCAACGGUAACCAGCGUUUUUCUUCUCCAACCAGAGCAGCUGUAUGCACCGGUGUAUAAGCCUGCCUUAAGUGCUAUUUUUAAUCUUUUUUAAAAACAGGCCUUAAAAUAACUCAUUUGUGUACAACUCCAGCGGCUGGUGGAGUGGGCUUAAUAUAUUAAACAGCUGUUAAUUUUGGUUUCUUUUUGGUAACAGCGACACGGAGAUCCAUAUUUGUCGCGGUUUCCACCGCGAGCGAGAAGUGUAAACACAAGAAAUACAAACAUAGCGCAACGGCUAAAGGAGUGUGACAGCGCCAAACCUGGCUGGCUCCGCGCCGGGCCGAGCCCCACCCGCUCAGCUCGCGGCCAAGACCCCCACCCCGCCUCAGAGCCCGCCGCGCCCGCGGGGCGACACCCCCCACUCAAUCAUCCGGGAGGUGGUGCGGCCGAGCCCCGGACUCAAUUGGCGGAAGCGGGGCCGGUUGUGUGCGCGCGCACAAAUGCCCGGAUGCGACGCGACGACCCGCGCGCUCCCCUCGGGCGGUAGGGGGCGAGCACCGAGGCACCGCGGCGAGCUUGGCUGCUUGUGGGGCCUGUGUGGCCCUGUGUGUCACGAUGGAGCAAGAAGCCGAGCCCGAGGGGCGGCCCUGACCCCUCUGACCGAGAUCCUGCUGCUUUCGCAGCCAGGAGCACCGUCCCUCCCCGGAUUAGUGCGUACGAGCGCCCAGUGCCCUGGCCCUGAGUGGAAUGGUCCCCGAGGCCCAGGGCGUCGUGCUUCCGCGCGCCCCGUGAAGGAAACUGGGGAGUCUCGAGGGACCCCCAACUCCAAGCGCGAAAACCCCGGAUGGUGAGGAGCAGGCAAAUGUGCAAUACCAACAUGUCUGUACCUACUGAUGGUGCUGUAACCACCUCACAGAUUCCAGCUUCGGAACAAGAGACCCUGGUUAGACCAAAGCCAUUGCUUUUGAAGUUAUUAAAGUCUGUUGGUGCACAAAAAGACACUUAUACUAUGAAAGAGGUUCUUUUUUAUCUUGGCCAGUAUAUUAUGACUAAACGAUUAUAUGAUGAGAAGCAACAACAUAUUGUAUAUUGUUCAAAUGAUCUUCUAGGAGAUUUGUUUGGCGUGCCAAGCUUCUCUGUGAAAGAGCACAGGAAAAUAUAUACCAUGAUCUACAGAAACUUGGUAGUAGUCAAUCAGCAGGAAUCAUCAGACUCAGGUACAUCUGUGAGUGAGAACAGGUGUCACCUUGAAGGUGGGCGUGAUCAAAAGGACCUUGUGCAAGAGCUUCAGGAAGAGAAACCUUCAUCUUCACAUUUCGUUUCUAGACCAUCUACCUCAUCCAGAAGGAGAGCAAUUAGUGAGACAGAAGAAAAUUCAGAUGAAUUAUCUGGUGAACGACAAAGAAAACGCCACAAAUCUGAUAGUAUUUCCCUUUCCUUUGAUGAAAGCCUGGCUCUGUGUGUAAUAAGGGAGAUAUGUUGUGAAAGAAGCAGUAGCAGUGAAUCUACAGGGACGCCAUCGAAUCCGGAUCUUGAUGCUGGUGUAAGUGAACAUUCAGGUGAUUGGUUGGAUCAGGAUUCAGUUUCAGAUCAGUUUAGUGUAGAAUUUGAAGUUGAAUCUCUCGACUCAGAAGAUUAUAGCCUUAGUGAAGAAGGACAAGAACUCUCAGAUGAAGAUGAUGAGGUAUAUCGAGUUACUGUGUAUCAGGCAGGGGAGAGUGAUACAGAUUCAUUUGAAGAAGAUCCUGAAAUUUCCCUAGCUGACUAUUGGAAAUGCACUUCAUGCAAUGAAAUGAAUCCCCCCCUUCCAUCACAUUGCAACAGAUGUUGGGCCCUUCGUGAGAAUUGGCUUCCUGAAGAUAAAGGGAAAGAUAAAGGGGAAAUCUCUGAGAAAGCCAAACUGGAAAACUCAACACAAGCUGAAGAGGGCUUUGAUGUUCCUGAUUGUAAAAAAACUAUAGUGAAUGAUUCCAAAGAGUCAUGUGUUGAGGAAAAUGAUGAUAAAAUUACACAAGCUUCACAAUCACAAGAAAGUGAGGACUAUUCUCAGCCAUCAACUUCUAGUAGCAUUAUUUAUAGCAGCCAAGAAGAUGUGAAAGAGUUUGAAAGGGAAGAAACCCAAGACAAAGAAGAGAGUAUGGAAUCCAGUUUGCCCCUUAAUGCCAUUGAACCUUGUGUGAUUUGUCAAGGUCGACCUAAAAAUGGUUGCAUUGUCCAUGGCAAAACAGGACAUCUUAUGGCCUGCUUUACUUGUGCAAAGAAGCUAAAGAAAAGGAAUAAGCCCUGCCCAGUAUGUAGACAACCAAUUCAAAUGAUUGUGCUAACUUAUUUCCCCUAGUUGACCUGUCUAUAAGAGAAUUAUAUAUUUCUAACUAUAUAACCCUAAGAAUUUAGACAACCUGAAAUUUAUUCACAUAUAUCAAAGUGAGAAAAUGCCUCAAGUCACAUAGAUUUCUUCUCUUUAGUAUAAUUGACCUACUUUGGUAGCGGAACAGUGAAUACUUACUAUAAUUUGAAAUGAAUAUGUAGCUUAUCCUUUACCCCUACCCCUAAUUUUAAAUAAUUUCUACUCUGUCUUAAAUGAGAAGUACCUGUUGUUUUUUUUUUAAAUAUGUAUAUGACAUUUAAAUGUAACUUAUUAUUUUUUUUGAGACGGAAUCUCACUCUGUCACCCAGGCUGGAGUGCAGUGGCGUGAUCUCGGCUCACUGCAAGCUCCGCCUCCCGGGUUCACACCAUUCUCCUGCCUCAGCUUCCCAAGUAGCUUGGACUACAGUCGCCUGCCACCACACCUGGCUAAUUUUUUGUACUUUUAGUAGAGAUGGGGUUUCACCGUGUUAGCCAGGAUGGUCUCCAUCUCCUGACCUCGUGAUUCGCCCACCUCGGCCUCCCAAAGUGCUGGGAUUACAAGUGUGAGCCACCGCGUCCGGCCUAAAUGUCAUUUAGUACCUUUGAUGUAAAGAGAAAAUGUGUGAAAGAUUUAGUUUUUUGGUUUUUUUUUGUUGUUGUUUGUUUGUUUGUUUGGUUGUUUGGAGAUGAGUCUCUGUCCCCCAGGCUGGAGUGCAGUGUCAUGAUCUAGCAGUCUCCGCUUCCCGGGUUCAAGCCAUUCUCCUGGCUCAGCAUCUGGAGCAGCUGGGAUUACAGGCAUGCACCACCAUGCCCAGCUAAUUUUUGUAUUUUUAGUAGAGAGAGGGUUUUACCAUGUUGGCCAGGCUGGUCACGAACUCCUGACCUCAAGUGAGGUCACCCGCCUCAGCCUCCCAAAGUGCUGGGAUUACAGAUGUGAGCCACCAUGUCUAGCCAAGAAUUAGUAUUUAAAUUUUAGAUAUUCUUUUUUUUUUUGAGACAGAAUCUUGCUCUGUCACGGAUGCUAGAGUGCAGUGGAGUGAUCUCGGCUCACUGCAACUUCUGUCUUCUGGGUUCAAGCUAUUCUCCUGCCUCAGCCUUCCAAGUAACUGGGAUUACGGGCAUGUGCCACCAUACCAGCUGAUUUUUUUGUAUUUUUAGUAAAGACAGGGUUUUACCAUGUUAGCCAGGCUGAUCUUGAACUCCUAAACUCAAGUGAUCUACUCACCUCAGCCUCCCAAAGUGCUGGGAUUACAGAUGUGAGGUACCGCAGAUUUUUGAUACUCUUAAACCUUCUGAUCCUUAGUUUCUCUCUCCAAAAUACUCUUUCUAGGUAAAAAAAAAAAAAAAAAAAAAAGCUCUUAUAUUUGGUGCUAUGUAAGUGAAAAUGUUUUUUAGAUUUUCUUGAUGUAACAAUAGAGACAGGGUCUCCCUAUGUUGCCCAGGCUGGUCUCGAACUCCUGGGCUCAAGACAUCCUCCUGUCUCGGCCUCGCAAAGUGCUAAGUAGGAUUACAGGCGUGAGUCACCACACCCAGCUGUAAAAAUGUACUUAUUCUCCAGCCUCUUUUGUAUAAACCAUAGUAAGGGAUGGGAGUAAUGAUGUUAUCUGUGAAAAUAGCCACCAUUUACACGUAAGACAAAACUUGUUAAAGCCUCCUGAGUCUAACCUAGUACAUCAGGCGCUUUUUCACACACAAAAAAAUCCUUUUUGGGAUUUAAUGGAAUCUGUUGUUUCCCUCUAAGCUGAAAAACAACUCUAAGACACUUUAAAGUACCUUCUUGGCCUAGGUUACAUGGUUCCCAGCCUAGGUUUCAGACUUUUGCUUAAGGCCAGUUUUAGAAACCCAUGAAUUCAGAAAAGUUAAUUCAGAAAUUUGAUAAACAGAAUUGUUAUUUAAAAACUAACUGGAAAGAUUGUAAGUUCUUUCUGAAUUAUUCAGAAAUUAUGCAUCAUUUUCCUUCAAGAAUGACAGGGUCAGCAUGUGGAAUUCCAAGAUACCUCUUGACUUCCUCUCAAGCUCUGUGUUUGGUCAGUGGAGGCCUAUCCGAGCUCAGCACUGAGAAGUGUUAGUUUCUUUGGGGCCCAUCUGCCCUGACCACAUCAUGAUGUUCAUCUGCAGCUAUUGCAAGGUGUUCAGACUGUGUAAACAUAAAUGUCACAAAAACUUUAAAAGAAGUGCAAUUCUCACAAGAUUAGGUGAACUAAAGCAUUCUGAAAAGCAACUGCUAAUAAUGAGCUUACAGUGGAUUUGAAUUUGAAAAAUAUAGAAACAAGCCUGUCAAAUAUCUGCAAGAACUAUGGAAUAAAACUACUGAUGCAGUGAAGACAGUUGAAAAGAUCAAACAAAUGCCAAGCUAAAUUUAUAAUGAACAAAUUGAAGAAAAAGGACUACAGAAAGUUCAGGACAUCAAAGAAGUCAGGCAAAACUCAUCUUGACCCCUCUUGCAGGCAAAGGAAAGCAGCUGGAAGAAAAGAUGAUAUAACAGUUAAAACAGGAUGCAGACAUGGCAGAGGUUUCCUAAAAAUCUCAUUAUCUAUAACCAUUUCUAUAUUUACAUUUGAAAAUCUCCUUUGGAGACUUAGAACCUCUAAAUUAUUGACUUAUUUUUUAUAUAAGGUCACUCCGAUGAAAGGUGAUUACAAAAUCAUCUACAUUGCUGUCUACAAAACAUCAGCUAAUAUGGAUGUUUGAUCGCAUCUCAUUGUUAACUCUUUACUGGUAGAUAUGUUUGUAAAUACAGAAGUGAAAUGUGGAUAUAAAAUAGUUAACGCUAUUUGGUUAAUGGUACUAGACAACAUGUAAUUAAUGACAUUCAAAAAUUUAUGGCUAGUGAUAUAUAUAAAGUAAAAUUUUCUUUGCAGUAAAAUAUGCCCUUUAUUAUAGAAGGGAGGAUAUAAGGAACCAACAGUUUGUAUGAAAAUAGCUCAAAUAAUAUUUUAAGAUUUCUUAUUUUGGUUUAUUAGCAUCUUAGAACAAAAUGGCCUUAUAUAAUGAAGCCUAGUUAGGCUGGACUGUUUUGAUCUCUUUUAAUUGUUCUGACAGAUAGUUGGAGAUGAGAGCCGAAUAACGUUUGCCUGAAAUGACUGACACUAUAUAAUUUCUGCUUUGGCAAAUACUAAGUUCUAACUUGUCAUUCCUGGUAGAACAAGCUUUAUUUUUUGAGCCUAGCAAUGAUCUAGAAGCAGGUGUUAUCUCAGUGCCUUUUACAAUUUGUUGUGUGGUUUGUUUUUUUUUUAAAAAGCCACACAAUAAUUUUGGAAAACAGUGUAUGGGUAGAACAUCUGUCUGUUAAUUGCACACAAAACCACUUUUAAUGGGUACAAAGUUAAAUUCGGAGGAAUAAGUUCUAGCUGAAGUAUUAUGAACUCCAAAUAAUGCUUUGAGGACCUCCAAAGGUAAAAGUACUAAUCCCUUUGGCCAUUUAUUGAGAGAGAGAGAGAGAGUAGGGUGACUAUAGUUAAUGUAUUGAAUGUUCUUGCUACAAAUAAAUGAUAAAUGUUUGAGCUGAUGGAUGUGCUGAUUACACUGAUUUGAUCGAUACCCAUUGUAUGUGAAACAGUACACACACCAUAUUUACAAUUAUGUAUCAGUUUAACAUUUAGAAUUUCUAAUAUAAGUAUCUCUCAAACUGUGGAUUAACUUCUUGAUUUAUAUUUAAAUAUGAAUCUUAAGCAAAAUAGUGAAAAUAACCAUCUUGAUUUAGUGUUUUUCUCCCAUAUGUGAAUUGUAUAUACUUAGGUGAGGACAAUCAAAUCAACUGAACUGUAAGCUUAGAGUAGGACUCAGGGGUAAUUUUGCACAGCAACUUUACUAAUGGUACAUUGUUGCUUCAAAACUCUCUCUCUCUCUCUCAAUAAAUGGCCAAAGGGAUUAGUAGUUUACCUGUGGAGGUCCUCAAAGCGUUAUUUGGAGUUGAUAAUACUUCAGCCACAACCAAGCAGAUUUUUUUUUUGGAGGUCCUCGAAGCAUUAUUUGAAGUUGAUAAUACUUCAAUUUGGAGUUGAUAAUACUUCAGCUAGAAUCUAGUAGAAUCUGUUUUUUUCCUUUGGAGGUCCUCAAAGCAUUAUUUGGAGUUCAUAAUACUGAAGGUAGAACCAAGCAGAAUCUUUUUUUCUGAGGAGUGUCGGUAGCAUAAAUGUGAUUAUAAACAAAGUACACUUGAUAUAUGUAGGCAAUGACAGCUAUUUAUACAAAAUUUAAAUCUGCAAAUGGAUUCAGCAUGUUUAUGGGUUAUUAAAAUUGUCUAAUUUCUUAGGUUCUUUAUAGUACACGUGUUGAAAAUAAAUGAUUAAGAAUUGUUUCAAGAAUGCAA